CACAAGCAGCAGAUCCGGCCGCAGACACGGAGCCAUGGCCGCUGACGGCAGCCGAUCCACGGCCUGCACCGGCUCCAGCCUGCUGCAGCCGGUCAGUGAGAUCACCAACCUGCCGCUGGACCAGGUGAACUUUGUGGUUUGUCAGCUCUGUGCUUUGCUGUCGGCCUUCUGGUUUCGUCUCUUCCUCCAUCCCAGAAAAACCAGUCCCUUCAUCAGACAUGUGGUGGCGACUCUGCUGGGACUCUACUUCGCUCUAUUCUGCUUCGGCUGGUAUGCUCUUCACUUCCUGGUUCAGAGCGGACUCACUUACGGCAUCAUGAUCCUGACUGGAGUCGAACACAUGCACAAAUACUGCCUGCUGGUGGCUCUCAGCUACCUGAGUCUGUGUCAGAUCACUCGAGUCUACGUCUUCGACUACGGCAUGUACUCUGCCGACUUCACCGGCCCCAUGAUGGUGAUCACACAAAAAAUCACCAGCCUGGCGUUUGAGAUCCAUGACGGAAUGGCUCGAAAAGAGGAACAUCUGACUCCAGGACAGAAGAUUUUGGCCAUAAGGAGGAUGCCCAGUCUGCUGGAGUACUUCAGCUACAACUGUAACUUCAUGGGGAUCCUGGCCGGACCCACCUGCUCCUACAACGACUACAUCGCCUUCAUCGAGGGAGACCCCCGUCGCCAUAGAGACCAGGAUGCUGACAAGAAGCCCAACGGCAAGCUGAGGCAGAGCGAGCCAUCGCCAAACACGGAGGUCAUCAGGAAAGUGGCCACCUCCUUCUUCUGCCUGCUGGUCUUCCUGUCCGUCUGUAAAGUCUUCCCCGUGGAACGAAACAUCGACGACGACUUUAUCGCCAAUACGCCCUUCUAUGCUCAGGUGGUCUACCUGUACCUGUCCAUGCUGACCACCAGACCCAAGUACUACUUCGUCUGGACGCUGGCUGACGCCAUCAACAACGCCGCCGGCUUCGGCUUCAACGGCUACGACAGUGACGGCUAUCCUCGCUGGGACCUCAUCUCCAACCUGCGGAUCCUCAACAUCGAGUUCGCCACCAGCUUCAAAGUUUUCCUGGACAACUGGAACAUUCAGACGGCGCACUGGCUCAAAAGGGUGUGUUACGAGCGAUGUCCCUACCACCCUACAGCAGCCACCUUCAUCCUGUCAGCCAUGUGGCAUGGAGCGUAUCCAGGCUACUACCUCACCUUCCUCACCGGCAUCGUCAUCACACUGGCAGCUAGAGCGGUCAGACACAACGUUCGGCCACACUUCCUUCAGUCACCCUCCCAUAAACUGGUCUAUGAUGUCAUCACAUGGGCGGCCACUCAGAUUGCCAUCUGCUACACAGUGGUGCCUUUUGUCCUGUUGUCUGUCGGCCCGUCGAUAAAGUUUUACAGGUCCUGGUACUUUGGUCUCCACAUCGGUUGCGUUCUGCUGGCUGUGGCGUUGCCGGUCAAACCGAGACAUCUCCGUCUCAAAGACCAGAAGAAAAAAUUGCCCCAGGAGCCAGUCCAGCACCACCUGGAGGCUUCAGACAGCAACUGCAGCCAGAAGGAAAAAACCACGAGACAGACCACAAAGAACAAUCGCAGCCCUGCAGACUGUCCAUCUGCAGGAGUGAGUGGAUAAAGGGAGGAAUAACUGAAUGGAUGAACGGAUGAUUAAAUGAGAUUAUAUGAAAAGACAGAAUGAGUAAGUGGAUGAAUAAAUGAGUUUGGUGAAUGAAUGGAUGAAUGAAUGAGCAGGCCAGUGAGUUAGUGCAUUAAACAAGUAAAUGAAUGAACAAAGAAGAAGAAGAAAAUGAACUUUUCUCCUCCACAUUCCUCUGAUUUCACAGGUCGACUGUCAUCGUGUUAUAAUCUCUUCAACCACUACGUCACAGUAUCAUAGACAUGAGUUUUGGAGAACGUGCCAAUGAUUAUUCCACUCAGUCGCCUUAGUUGUUUUGUUUUGUUUUUUUACAAGAAAAAUGCUGUUCACUCUUUCUUGAUGUGUGAGUGCUGAGGAAGACCUUGUGUUUACAUUUGUAGAUGUCAGUUUUUGUCAAGUAGUUAUUUAUGUAAUCUGUACCACUUUAUGAGAAGGCACCAGUUAUAAAGGGUUUAUGAGCUGUAAUUAAUGGCUUUAAUAAUGGAUAAUAAAUCAUUUACCAAUACUUUAUAUACAAGUUAUUAGCUAUUGAUAAGAACAAGUUUUAGGGCUCCAGGUUGUGGAAAAUCCUCCAACGGCACAUAACUCUACAUUUGUACCUUUUCUUUGCACGUAGAUCAACAAGUAAUAAAUUGCAGUUGUAAUAUUAAUAAACAGUUUCUAAGAGGAGUUUGCAGAUGUCCAGAUGUUCUGCAGAUCAGUGGACAAACAGUCCACUGGACAGGUCUCCCUAAAACAUGUUCUUAUUAUUGUCUUCUAACUGAUCUGUGGCGCAUCAGUAAAUUAUUUAUUA